AUGGCUACAAAAAGUGAUCAAGCAGCCCUUCAUCACUCUUCCAUUGCACUGUUGCAAGAAAGGUUUAAACAGUUGCAGAGAACAAGGGAGAUGAGGCAGGAGAGAGAGCUUUUAAGAUUGUUGUCGGAGACCCGCGGACAUCAUACUUCUUCUUCUUCUCCUUCCACCAUGCAACAUCAGCCAUCCUCCGGCCCGUUUCAUAACUCGGAGAUGUUCUUUCAUCAGAGACAGUCUUUCCAACCGGCUCUUUCCCUCUGGCCAGACUCACAAAUGAACCCUGCCAAUGUUGCGGGAUUGGACCAAAGUGUCCCACAAGAUCAUACCAGGUCAUGGCCAUGUGGCACAAGUACUACAGGAAAUACUUCGACCAUCAUGAAUAAAUUUGAUGAUAUGAGUUCUGAUGUUGAUACUUCUCUUCAUCUCUAA